AUGAAGUUCUCACACAGCAUUCAGUUCAAUGCUGUUCCGGACUGGAGCAGUCAUUACAUUGCAUACAGCAACCUCAAGAAGCUGAUCUACCAGCUCGAGAAGACUGUCCACCAAACCUCCUCCGGAGAUGCCGAAUCGAGACCCCUCAUCCGAAACGAAGAUCCCGAAGAAGUUUUUAGCCGUGCGCUUGGCGUAGAGUUGGAGAAGAUCUGCUCCUUCUAUGUUUCCAAGGAAGGCGAGCUUCUUGACGAGGUCAAUCAGUUGCUGGGUGACAUCGGUAACCGUAACUUCGAGGACGAAGAGAACGGUGGCGAGCCACGACGGUCGUUUGGCAGCGCGUCCCGCCCGGGGCUGUCGGUGUCCAACGCCAGACGGACUUCCGUCUCCAUUGACGGCAAUAUCGAAGACAGCGACGAUGAUGACGACGACGACGAGACAACAGGACUGGCGAAAAGUCGCUCCAGUCUGGGUUUCGGCAGACGCAAGACGGUUCCGCAUCUUGGGCAGUCGACAACAGAUAUGACAGCAUCUACUGAAUUGACGCUGGCAAGGUCAUUGCGGCGGUACAGCACCGCUCAUGACGAGUUGCCGGACCAGUCUUUCAUGUACUCUUCGGGCAUCAUGCUGAAGAAGCGCAUUAUUAACCUCUACGUUUCUCUCUGCGAGCUCAAGUCAUACGUACAGCUGAACAGGACGGGCUUCAGGAAGGUCCUGAAGAAGUUCGACAAGAUCCUGGACAAAGAGCUGCGAGUCAAGUACAUGAGUGCCAAUGUCGACUCUGCGUACCCAUUCAAAGUCGAGAACAUCAAGACGAUCGAAGAGAACAUUUCCAAGAUGGAAAAGGCUUACGCCGAGGUUGUCACAAAUGGCGACGAAGGACUUGCCAAGCGCGAUCUCAGGUCUCACCUCCGGGAGCAUGUCGUCUGGGAGCGUAACACUGUCUGGCGAGACAUGAUCGGAAUGGAGCGUCGCGCAGAGGCUGCCAGCCUAGGAAGAUCGCUUCUAGGUAGGGACGGAGCAGCUAGACUGAGGAGACUUCAGGGCGAUGAUGAACUUGCCCCUAUAACCAAGGAAGUCGUCACCCCUGUUGGCCGUUUUGUUGUUCCCACAUGGGUCGCGAGUACGCCUCUGCUCACUCUUUUGGUCUCUGUUGCCGUCUUCUUUCUGCUCAUUUUCCUGCCCAUCAUGGAGAAACCCGAGCAACAGAACUGCUUGGCUUUGGUUGUGUUUGUCAGCAUCCUUUGGGCUACAGAGGCCAUCCCGUUGUUUGUCACGUCGCUUAUGAUACCCUUCCUGUGUGUCGUUUUGACUGUUGUCCGCUCCGACGACAAGCCGUACAGGAGACUUGAUGCGAAGGCCACGACUGCCUACAUUUUCUCGGCCAUGUGGACGCCUGUUAUCAUGCUUUUGCUUGGGGGCUUCACGCUCGCGGCCGCUCUGUCAAAAUGCAAGAUCGACAAGCGUCUUGCAACCUUCGUUCUCAGCAAGGCGGGCACCACUCCACGCACCGUUCUAAUUGCCAACAUGCUCGUCGCUGCCUUCGCCAGUAUGUUGAUCAGUAACGUAGCUGCGCCAGUACUCUGCUUCUCCAUCAUCGAGCCGAUGCUGCGCACCCUGCCUUCCGAGUCCAACAUGUCCAAGGCCGUUAUCAUGGGCAUUGCGCUUGCUUCCAACAUUGGGGGUAUGCUCUCACCCAUCGCUUCGCCGCAGAAUGUCGUCGCUAUCGGAAUCAUGAAGCCGGCGCCUACCUGGAUCCAAUGGUUCUUCAUUGUCAUUCCCGUGGGCAUCGUCUCACUGCUCCUCAUCUGGGUGCUGUUAUUGAUCACUUUCCAACCAAGCAAGGGAACUACCAUCUCCCCGAUCCGCCCUGUUAAGGAGAAGUUCACCGGCAUCCAGUGGUUUGUUUCGAUCGUGACGCUCGUCACGAUCGGACUGUGGUGUGCAAGUCAUCAGAUGGAGUCUAUCUUUGGCGACAUGGGUGUCAUUGCCAUCAUUCCCAUCGUCCUCUUCUUCGGUAUCGGAAUUUUGACCAAGGAAGACUUCAACAACUUUCCAUGGACCAUCAUCAUCCUUGCUGCGGGAGGUUUGUCGUUGGGCAAAGCUGUCAAGUCAUCGGGUCUGCUGCAUACCGUUGCCGACAUGGUUUCCAAGGAAGUCGAGGGGAUGAGCCUUUACGUUGUGCUUGUCGUCUUCUCAGCGCUCAUCCUCGUCAUUGCUACGUUCAUCAGCCAUACUGUUGCAGCUCUUAUCAUCUUGCCGUUGGUAUUUGAUGUCGGCGCCAGUAUGGAUGAGCCUCACCCUAACCUACUGGUUAUGGGUGGAGUCCUUAUGUGCAGUGCCGCCAUGGGCCUACCGACCAGUGGUUUCCCGAAUAUGACUGCUAUCAUGAAGGAGGACCCGACGGGCCAGAGAUAUCUCAGAGUGAAGCACUUCAUCAGCCGAGGUGUGCCCGGCAGUAUUCUUACUCUGGUUGUCGUGGUAACUAUGGGUUAUGGUCUUAUGAGGGUAGCCGGACUAGACUAG